CAGUGCUCCUUUUGAUUCUCUGGGUGAUAUUUAACGAUGGGGGCGGGCGGCAGGCCAGGCAAAAACAGCAUGUCUGCAACCUCCAAGAUCAUGGCAGGGCUCCUCGCGCGUCCCACGUCCACCGAGCUGCAAGCGUGCUGGGAACUCUGCCGACUAAACAACAACAUCGGCUUCUGGGUCGUCUGGCUUCCGACCGCCUGGUCGAUCGCCAUGGCCCUCAAAGCGCAGCCGGAGCUCCCGCUACGCGACGCCGCGGCGCGUGCCGCGCUCUACGUCCCGCUGUGCUUCGGCGUCAAGUCGCUCAUCAUGACCGUCGACGACCUCCUCGACUACGACAUCGACGCGCUGGUCGCGCGCACGCGGGACCGGGCGUUGCCGCGCGGGGCGAUAUCCCGGGCGCGCGCGUGGGCCUUCUUCGCGCUGCAGGCUUCGCUCGGCGUUGUUUUGGCGUGCGGGGUGCUGAGCCGGACGGCGUUGUACGCGUCGAUGACGGUCUGGCCGCUGUAUGUCAUAUAUCCGACCUGCAAGGGGCUGAUGUUCAAAAUCGGAGUCUUCAUGGGAUGGAGCGACGUGAGCGUCGACGGGAGCGUAGCGUGGCAUGUGCUGAUCCCAGUCUACCUCGGCGCAUGCUGCUGGACGCUCACGUACGAGACGAUCUACCAGCACCAGGAUAAACUGGACGACCGGCGCCUCGGGAUCCACUCGCCGGCGCUGCUCUGUGGGGCACAGACGAUCCCCGUGUGCACCGGCACGGCAUGCGCGUUCCUGGGCCUGCUGACGUACGGCGGCGCGGCGAACGGCCACGGGGCGCUCUUCUUCGGCGCCGUGGCCGUCGCGGGCGCGCUGCUCCUCGCUGCGCUCGCGGGAACGGACAUCGACGCGCCCGCGGACUGCAAGAAUUUUUUCCUCAAGACGCCGAUGAUUGGGCAGAUUAUCCUGGCGGGCUUGGCGGCGGAUGUACUGUGGGAGCGCGCGGCGGGUUGGCGCGGGGUGUAGUGCAGAUCGAUUUUUUUUUUCGUUGUCUGUUUAGGAAUAAUAUCCCGAAGCUCCACGGCGGGGAACCAGGUUUCAUGAGAUCCGGCGCGACACCCGCCAGCCGGCCAAUGCAUGUUCUUCGAUUCGCCAUGUUAGAUGGGAUGAGUAUCGUGUCAACAUACACGCGCUUGACACAUUCUUCAAGUUUUCGCAGUCUUCUUCAUCUUCAUCUUAAUCAUCGUCAUCUUUUUUUGCUGUUCCUUCUCAGAGCGAGUCUCACUCAACAGAAAAUCCCACGGGGCUGGAUAGCGCAGUCAGUCUGACUUCCAAGAUGGAAAUGAAGGCCCCCACUCGGACCUGACACUGCUCGGUCAGUCCGUGCAUAACUCCCUCCGGGUUGAACGCGGAAACAGCGUGCCCUAUUGCCGCAUCACCACAUCAAUCCCCUCCCACGCCCGGACGGCUGGGAAAGUGAUCGAUCCCCCCCUUAGAUGGGGGGUCCGCAUCCGAGUGUGCGAUCUCAGAAGGCAGCGCCGGCAGCGGCGGCGGCCUGGACGAGUGUAUCUGCGCCAGGCUUCGCCGCAGGUUCUGCUGGGGCCCUCAGGCUCUCGUCUGCUCGGGGUACGACCAACGACAAAACGCUGGGAAAAAACACAGUGACGUAGCGGCCUCGCGAUGGGUUCUAUCCAGAACGCGAAGCUCGGCGUUUUUCCCCGUGCGGCUGGCUGCCCUCCUUCUCGACGCGAUCCUAGGGGUGUCGCCGCCUGAGCCAAGGUGGAGCUGUGCUGUGCCGUGCCGUGCGAACUGGCGUCGUCUGAUUCGACGCGCGCGCGGGCGCCGAUCCUGCUUCUGUUUCUCGGCAUGGCAG